AUGUGUGACGUUGACGAUGAGAUUCGUGCGGUCCAGCAGGAGCUCAAUGACGCCAACGAGCUCCUCAACACGUACCGCUCUGUCCCAUCCAGAUCAGCAGACCAUGAAGAGCAGCAGCAGCAGCAGCCCGCCCAGCCAUUGCCCACAGAUCACGAUGCCCAGCCCGGACCGCUCCCCCCGUCCAUCCCUCCCCUCUCCCUGCCCAUCGCCACCAACCCGCCAGGACACGGCAGCAGCCAGUGGUCAUUAUCAUCUCGGCUCGACACCGCCCUCAGAGACCGCGACAGACUCAGGAAGGAGCGGCAGCGUGUCCGCGAUGAAUGGCUCAAGCAGGUGCGGGCCCAGUCGGUGCGUGAGGAGCGGCUCAGGGCGCGGCAGAGGGAGCUGACUGCGGCCAUGGGCGAGCUGGAGAAGAAGCGGUGGGCUGCGGUUGAGAGGGGCAGGCGUGAGGAGGCCAGAUUGCAGAGCAAGUUAGCCAGAUUACGCCGGGAGAGGAGGGUGGAGGGGGCCGCCGCUAGUGACCAAGGGGAUCCAUCGCAAUCUGAUCAGCACCAGCAACACCAGCAGGGGCAUGAUGAACAGAAGCGACGUGAGCAUAUAGAUGUUUGGCUGGCUAGACAUUUCAUUGCCUGCCUGGUGGUGUGGAUGUCAGCUAUCUCAUUGCAUUUCCUCUUCUGCCUGUGUUCAGGCCUUGAAGAGGAGCUGAGGGCCAACGAGGCUGCUCUCGCGGAGAUGCGCCAAGCACACACAAGACAGCAGGAGGAGCGCCAAGAGCAGCUGAGGACAGUCCAGAAGAACAUAGAGGCCCGCAUGGGCAAAGUGCGGUCCGCCGAGAGCUUCCUCACACAGCUGAGAUGCGAGUACGUAGUACGGCAGGGCCGAGCAAAUCGUAAGUGUCAAAUGUGUGUGUGUGGUUGUGGUAUCAGGCAUGCAAUCGUCGGUCGACAGAUGGAGCUCAUGGAGGCCGUGCGCAACACACAGCUGCCGCAAGAGUUUGCCGAAAAGACAAAGGUAGGUCAGGCAGGGUGGAUGGCCAUUUAGCGCCCGUUCCCCUUGUUACCUGUUUCCACUAGGUGUUGGCGAGGGCCAUAUUAAGGACGCGCGACGGAAUAGAGGAGGCCACCGCCGCCAUGCGAGAGCUCCAGAGCACGGCAAAUGAUGCAGACGAUCGUGAUGACGAGCUGGCCCACUUGGCGACCACACUUGAGCGGCGCAGAGGGCAGCUGACACACCUGGAGUCACAGUAAGUGACCCACAUACACAUAAGGCAUCCGCAACGAACCCACCAUCAUCCCUCUCCCUUCAUCCAUGCCAUGCAGGCUCUCAGAGCUGGAGAGUGACCGUGCUCAGCAGGAGCAGCUGAUAACCGAUUGGCUCGCAACAGCCCGUACCCAGCGCGACAAGAUCGCCACGUCGUUCCCUAUCCACUCACAACGGCUGAGAGGGCUCACGGGCAACGAGGUGGCAGGCGAGUGCGGCACUCUGCAGGAGGCUUCCACUGCUUCGUUGAGGGGUUUGGAGGGGCUGAGAGAGAGGCUGGAGGGGGAGGGGAGGGAGGCCAAUGGGAGAUUCGAAGACCAGCAGGGAGAAAUGGAAGCGGUAGGGAAGACAAGACACGAGGGCAUCAACCCAUUGCUCCCUGUUUGUCUGUUGCGAUGUGUCUGUCCUGGAUGGUCCAGGUGAUUGGGCAGAUCCGGUCGUCCAUAGCUCAGGAGGCGCAGCAGCAGCAGCAGCAGCAGCAGGAGGCCCCACCUGCCCCACCCAGGCGCCCCCUCAGCCGGCAGAAGAUCCAGACAUCCGUGAAGACGCUUUGGUACGGCACUCAUGCCUACCCCCAACAAACACACACAUGCCAGUCCCCUUCCCCUUUCUUCAGCUCUCGGUCAGUCCGGUCCACGUCGAUGAGCGAUGACAGCCGGCCCUCGUCAGCAUUGUGUGCAGCCAUCCAGCAGUGUCGUGACGACCUCAGGAGAUGCCAGGAUGGUACCAAGGACGCCAUCAAGGCGCUGAACGAUGAGGAGGCGCAGCUGAGGGAUGCACUGGCACAAGUGGACAAGGCGCUGAGACAUGAAGGCGGAGCCAGACGACGAGAGUGUGAGAAGGUGAGCGUGCGGUGACGACGAUAGACGAGACGGACGGUAGGGACCCGACUUGUGUGUAUGUGUGUGUCAGGAUGGUCGUUUGGAAGACCUGGAUCUCCAGCUGCAGGAGGUGGAGGCGCAGCUGACCUCCCUCAACCCCUCUGUAUCCCUCCCCGCCUCGCACCGACCACCCAGGUCCUCUCGGUCGUCACACCAGCCGUCCUCACGCCCCUCUGCCGCCCCUUCCCCAUUCCCGCCCCUCUCUGCCCUCUUCCAUCCGGGCAUCAACAGCGACUUCGCAACCUUCCUGUCCAGUGUCUAUCUGCUCCUGGCGGAUGAGGGCGUGCCCGUGUUGGUCGAUACCAGCAGCAGAGGUGGCAGCAUCAGCAGCAGCAGCAGCAGCAGUAGCAGCGUCGAGUGGUCCGAGAGGCGGCUUCACUUGUCGCGGGACUUGAGGCGGCUGUCGUGGGGUGGAGAAUCGUUCUGGCUGGUGGAUAGCCUGGAGAGAGUGUAUGUGCCGCAGAGCGUCCGGCGGCUGGUGGAGGCCGCCAGCCUCGACGCGGCAGCGAGGCCCGUGAUCCGGGAGGUCGGUUCAGCCAUCGAUGGCGCCAGAGUGACGACAGCACGACGGAGAGAGGGCGAGCCGAGAGCGGCAUACCGUGUGCAGGUACGCAUUUCAUCCCAUCCACACACGCACACACGACCGUCCGUGUCCGUCCGUCUGUGUCUCUGUGUGGUUGGGUUGUCAGCUCCACUGUCGGUCCCACGCCCCCGUGUGGCUGGCCACUGACGCCAUGUCGGAUUUUCACAUCGUGACGCGGGCCAUCAAAGCCCUGCUGGCCGCUGUUGGUCGUGGCGGGGGCGAUGGUAACCCAGGCCGAUUCCAGGAGGGGCCGCGGCUGGAUGAGUAUCGUCUGCUAGUGGACAGGGCGCUGUUGCAGGCGAGAAUGGUGACUAUGGUGCCACCACUUAGGGAGGGAGAGGGGGAGGGGGAGGGGGAGAGGAGUGGCAGCAACUGACCGACAUAUACCUGCGUAUGGGAUAUGCUUGGGUGUGGGUGUACAGUUCAUUGACCUGUGUGUGCAAAUGACGUGGACCAACAUGAUUGCUCGUUAACAUUCUGUCCACUUG